AUGGAAAGGAGCCCCAGGCCUGCUCCCCACCCUCCGAGGCCGGUCCUCCUCAUCCCUGGCUUCCUGGGGGCCCCUGACAAUUUUGUGUGCGGGAGCGCUGUUUCGGUCACAGCCGGCUUCCAAGUGCAGCAAGAGAAAGAGACCAUUGGCCGCAGAGGUACCGCCCAAGCCGGCCUUGCCCAUGUGCACACAGAGGUGCCCAGAAAAGUCCUGCACCAGCAGAGAGAGUAUCUGUUAAUAGCCCUGGUGCCACCACCCUCUCUCCUAAUCAUUACUGUUUCUGUCUGUGGUAGAGGUGUAGAAUUGGUGGGGUGGGAUGAACCACGCUCCUGGUGGAAGCAGAGGAGCCGAGCGGGAACCAUCACCAGUACAGUGGUAGCAGUUGGACUGACCAUUGCUGCUGCAGGAUUUGCAGCCCGUUACGCUUUGCAAGACCUGAAGCAUAUGGAGCCUCAAGUAAAACAAGUUUUUCAAAGUCUACCAAAAUCUGCCUUCAGUGGUGGCUAUUACAGAGGUGGGUUUGAACCCAAAAUGACAAAACGGGAAGCAGCAUUAAUACUAGGUGUAAGCCCUACUGCCAAUAAGGGAAAUAGAUACGCUCAUUGACGAAUUAUGCUUUUAAAUCACCCAGACAAGGGAGGAUCUCAUUAUAUAGCAGCCAAAAUCAAUGAAGUUAAAGAUUUACUAGAAGGUCAAGCUAAAAAAUGA